CCAGUAGCCGCAAAUCAACCGUCCGAUGCCCACCAAACCCUCUCCACCGUCGUUCUUGUUUCCCAAACGAAAGAUCUAGUCAUCAUCCUUUAUCCACAGCCCAAAUUCCUAAUCACCCACCACGUUCCAUUUAAUCACCGAUUUACCGCUGUCUUCGCUUUAAAAACCCAAACCUCAGGUUCUGAAACCAAACCGACCAGGCUCGGCAAUAUAUAUUUUUCUUAUUGUCAAGAUUCCCUCUUGUAUCCAUUAACGGCAAUAAUUUCUACUAGAUUCUGUGUCAGUAAACCGUUCUCUUUGCCACAGGACACAUUCAAGUUCUUUUUGGAUCGGAAGGAAAAUUAACUGGUGUUGUGACUGGAUUGAUUCGCGAAAAAGUGGUGAAAUGGCAACUUUGGUUUCUGGAAGAUCGACAUUGAAUCCCAAUGCACCUCUCUUUAUUCCUAAUGUAUAUCGACAAGUGGAGGAUUUCUCACCGGAAUGGUGGGAGCUCGUGAAAACUUCGACUUGGUUCAGGGACUUCUGGUUGAGUCAGCAUCCGGAGGGGAGUUUUGAUGGAAGUGCUGGUGCUGAUGAUGACCUUACGGAUUUGCUGCCGGAGGAUUUGGAUGUUGGUGUUGAGGAGUUUUCUAACUUGGAAGCUCAAUUUGAGGAGAUGGUCAUGUUGGCUGAAGCUGAAGAGAAAACUGACUUCAGUGCUACCGAUCCCAAAGUUGAAAUGAAGCCUCUAAAUGGUCUCCUAGUGGAUGUGAAAGCUUUGCUGAAUGACCUAAACGUGCCAAAAUCUCCCAAGGACAGAAAUCCCAGAUCUCCAAGAACCCCGACAAAGUACCAAACGAAGCCACUGCACUGCGUUUCUGGCAAGCGCACUGCACUAAACAUCCACCAGCCUCGCUGAAGGAAAUACUCGAUCGUUCCAGAGUUGCAUUUGUAGCAACAUCACUAACAUUGAGUAGUCAGAAGACUUUCUUCUCGUUGCCUCUGUAAAUGCAAGGCUGUGCCGUUUUCGUGUCUUUCCUCUCAUGCAAUUUCAUUUUAGCUUUCCAUGUAAAAAUCUGAACAAAUCUUGUAAUAACAAAUGAACAAGAGUGCCUUCUUUGUGAGUAUUGUUAAGGUUCUUUCUUGCCA